AUGCAGUCCAUCAUGUGGAGUCCACAAUUCCGGCUGACCUGCUGCCUGCUUAUGCCGCUGUUCCUGCUCAGUGGAGUCCAGACGAACGGCAAUCAGAGGCUGCUGGACCAGCUGCAGCAGGUGGGGCUGGUCAAUCUGCUGGAGCAGGCCACGCGGCCCAAUGUGCCCCAGGAUCUGGCCACGUACGACUUCAUUGUGGUAGGAGCCGGGGCAGCUGGCUGCACGUUGGCCGCUCGACUCUCGGAGGAUCCCAGCUGGAAAGUGGCCCUCCUCGAGGCGGGCGGCGUGGAGAACAUUGCCCACUUGACGCCCGUCCUGGCCGGCUAUCUGCAGCAGACGGCCUCCAACUGGGGCUACCACUCUGUGCCACAGCGCCUCUCCUGCCUGGGCAUGAACAACCAGGAGUGCGCCCUGCCCCGGGGCAAGGUCUUGGGCGGCACCAGCUCCAUCAACUACAUGAUCUACAAUCGGGGCAACAGGCGGGACUUCGAUGGCUGGGCCUCCGCCGGCAAUCCGGGCUGGAGCUACGCGGAGGUCCUGCCCUACUUCCUGCGCAGCGAGUCCGCCCAGCUGCAGGGCCUGGAGCAGUCGCCGUACCACAACCACAGCGGACCCCUCAGCGUCGAGGAUGUGCGCUACCGCACCCAGCUGGUGCACGCCUUCGUGGAGGCUUCCGUGGAGGCGGGUCUACCCCGCACCGACUACAACGGAGAGUCGCAGCUGGGGGUCUCGUACGUCCAGGCCACCACCCGCAACGGCAGGCGACACAGCGCCUACUCGGCGUACAUCCAGCCAGUGAGGGACUACCGCAAGUCCAAUCUGCACAUCUACACCUUCUCGCAGGUGACGCGACUGCUCAUCGAUGCAGAGACCAAGUCCGCCUACGGCGUGGAGUUCCGCUACAAUAGCAGGGCCUACACGUUCAAGGCUCGGAAGGAGGUCAUCCUGUCGGCGGGGGCCUUCAACUCCCCCCAGCUGCUGAUGCUGUCGGGCAUCGGGCCGGCGGACAAUCUCAAGGCCAUUGGGGUGCCGCUGGUGCAUGCUCUGCCAGUGGGGAAGCGCCUCUACGAUCACAUGUGCCACUUUGGGCCCACCUUCGUGACCAACACCACGGGCCAGACGACCUUCACGUCCCGAGUGACGGCCGCCGAGGUGCUGUCGUAUCUGCUGGCGGGGAAUCCGGCCACCAAGCUCAGCUCCAUUGGCGGUGUGGAGGCCCUGGCCUUCCUGAAGACCGGCCGGUCGACCCUGCCACAGGACUGGCCCGACAUCGAGCUGAUCAUGGUGUUGGGGAGCCUGGCCAGCGACGAGGGAACGGCCCUCAAGCUGGGCGCAAACUUCAAGGACGAGAUCUACGACAGGAUGUACAGGCAGCUGGCCCAGGCCAGGCAGGAUCACUUCACGCUCCUGGUGAUGCAAUUCCAUCCGCAGAGCGUCGGCCGCCUGUGGCUGCGGGAUCGCAAUCCCUUGGGCUGGCCCAAAAUCGAUCCCAAGUACUUUGUGGCUGAGGAGGAUGUGGAGUACAUCCUCGAUGGCAUCAAGGAGGCCAUUCGCAUCUCUAAGAUGCCCGCCCUCCAGUCGAUUGGCGCUCGCCUCCUGGAACGCCCUGUGCCCGGCUGCGAGUCCCUGGCCUUCGCCUCCGACGACUACUGGCGCUGCUCCAUCCGCACCCUCUCGUACACGCUCCACCACCAGGUGGCCACCUGUCGCAUGGGUCCCGCGAGCGAUCCCACCGCCGUGGUCAGUCCCCAGCUGCGGGUCCAUGGCAUGAGGCGGCUGCGGGUGGUGGACACCAGCAUCAUUCCCGUGCCGCCGACGGCCCACACCAAUGCGGCGGCCUUCAUGAUCGGGGAGAAGGCGGCGGACAUGAUACGCUCCGACUGGAGUUGAAGGGCAGUGUAGGAAUAGAUUCGAUCCGAGGAUGCGAGUUGGAAGGAGGUCGACUUGGAGAGUUAAUUAA